AUGGCGACACGCCUGGGGCUACUCGCAUUGGGUAUCGGAAGGCAGCAAGGGAGAUUAUGGCCCGUGGUCGUCCGACAGACGCCGUCGUCGAGAUAUAUUCGGUUUUCAACGUCGAGUAGUUCUAGAUCAGAUUCGAGUUUGAAUCCCAGUCCGAGUCCGAGCCCCGCUACACCGCCCGGCGAGCCGAAGAAGAAGUCACCACAUGUCGGAUUCUACCAGGUAUACGGCCGGGCGCUUUCGAAGGUCCUGUUGAUGUCGCUGCUGUUCUACCAAGGAUUGUACUACGGAUGGAUGUACCUGGAGCACUUGGAAGUCAAGCAUGGAAAGGAAGGGGAGAUAAAGGCACUCGAGCAGAAGAUUAGAGACCUGCAGGAGGAAAAGAAACAGCAGAAGGCUGCAUAA